CAGUCGAAAUUCAGCCGCUUUAGCGAAACUGCGGCGCACCGGCUUUUUGAAUCGAAACCAAAGGUGCACGGAAUAACUCUUACCAUCCUGUAAGGAAGGACUUUAAGGACAGCCAUGCGGCUGGCACGACGCUACCUGGCAGUAGCGCUCGGCAUUUGGCUGACCAUUCUGUUCUUCUGCUACGACAAAAUCAACCUCGACAAUUCCAAGCACGACAGUCCUGUGGAGCUGGUUUGGUGGUCCAGGGACAUGACCUGGAGCCACGACGAGGUGCGCCAGUGCGGCAUCCACACUUGCCGCAUCUCCAACAAGCGCAGCCGCCUUCCGAUGUCCCGGGGCGUUCUGUUCUACGGCUCCAAUGUGAAGACGGGGGACUUCCCGCUUCCGCGUAACAAGCAUCAAGUAUGGGCCCUACUCCAUGAAGAAUCUCCUAGAAAUGCUCCGUUUGUGUCCAAUGUAGAGUUCCUGCGGCACUUUCACUUCACCUCCACCUUCAGCCGCUUCAGCAACUUUCCACUGACCACGCAGUACUUGCCCAGUGGCCAGGCACUCACCUCGAAGGACUACUAUGUUCCGUUUGCUGGAAAGUCCAAAUAUGCCUAUCGUCCGUCUCCAUCGGUGGUGUUCCUCCAAAGCGACUGCGAUACGAUGUCUGGAAGGGAGGAUUACGUGAAGGAGCUAAUGAAGCACCUCUCGAUUGAUUCAUACGGCAGCUGCCUGCGAAACAAAGAUCUGCCUGAAAGCCUGCAGAAGGACUACUUGAAUAAUCUUUAUUCACCGGAGUUGCUGCGUUUCCUGUCCGAGUACAAGUUUAUGAUUGCCUUCGAAAAUGCUGCCUGUCCAGACUACAUUACCGAAAAGUUCUGGCGUCCUUUGAUCAUGGGAGUGAUUCCCAUUUACUUUGGCUCGCCCACAAUUAAAGACUGGCAGCCGAAUAAGAAGUCUGCUGUUUAUGUAAACGACUUUCCCAACCCGCGGGAGUUGGCCAAGUUUUUGACUGAAUUGGGGGAAAAUCAUAUUAAGUACGAUUCGUAUCGCCAGCAUAAACUGAAUUGGCGCAACCCCAUCUCCAACAAGAAUCUGCUCCACAACCUUAUCACGCGUCGUUACCACAUUGGCGAUUCGUCUCCGGGAGCAUCACUCUUUGAAAAGUUUGAGUGUGCGGUCUGUUACCAUGUGAUCAACACCGCCAGGGACGUAAUGGCCGACUCUCGUCACUACAACUGCCCCCUGGAACCGGAAUAUGCUCAUCUGGAGGAUGGAAAGAUGCCACAGAAUGUCGCCGACUGGCGAUCCAUGAUGGAGGUGGGCCAGUGUCAAGCAAAGAUACUCGACGAGUUGAUCCGCCGAAACCACAGCUUCAAUGAAGCUGACUUUGAGGCUGAACUUAACCGGAGGAUGGAGAGUAAUCAAUGCAAAUAAUCUAAAAUGUAAAAGCUUACAUCAAGAACUCUCUGGCUGUAAUUAGAUUUUACCCUGUGAUAAUACAUUUACAUAUUUAAAA